AUGAAGGACCCAGCUAUUGGCUUUACUUGUCUCUACACUUCAUUUGUCUAUUCGAUAUACUAUUCCUUCUUCGAGGCUUUCCCACUGAUCUACACCGAAGGCUACCACAUGUCACCAGCACAGUUCAGUCUGAUAUUUCUCGCUCUUGUUGUGGGUUGUGGUGUCGGCGCCUUCCUAUACCUGAUGUACCUUUAUUACUAUCAUCCUCAGCGUCACCAAUCUGCCAACCAGGCGUCUUCUACGCAGGAGUCUAUUUUGAUUCCUGCUCUGUUAGGCUCCUUUUUGACUCCCACGGGGCUCUUUCUAUUCGCCUGGACUGCACGAGCCACCAUUCAUUGGAGCAUACCCACCAUCGGAAUCGUUAUUUACAGCGCGUCGAGCUUUGGCAUUUAUCAAGCACUCCUUAUUUAUAUCCCCCGAUCCUAUCCAAAGUAUGCAGCGUCCCUUUUUGCUGCCAACGAUCUUGUGCGUUCAACAACUGCGGCCGUCUUCAUCAUGGUGACUCCAUAUAUGUAUAACAAUCUGGGGGUUCCCAAGGGUGUGGCACUUCUCGCUAGCGUGUCAGUUUUAGGAAUUGUAGGCAUGGCGUUUCUCUACCUAUACGGUGAGCGAAUGCGUGCCCGAAGUAGAUUUGCUACCUAG